AUGGCCAAACUCAAAAUCAUCACCGCCAAGAUGGUCGCCGAGUCCAUCACCGCCGCCCCGGAGUACGCCUUUAUUUUCAACAUCUUCGCCCAACUGUGGAACAGCCUCUACUUCCUCUUUCGUUUGGCUGCAAAUCAGCAGAACUCCUUGAUGUACCUCUGGAUCUUGUCCCACGCCGCCUGCCUUUCUGGAUUUCUUCUUUCUUUAACUUACCCUGGUGCUUACGACGUUGCCGUCGCCGGCUGUUUGGUUACAUACGCUUUGGCAGUGCACCGUCAGUUGAAGUUUAUUUUGAGGGACGACAGAAACCUCAAAAACAGAGCACCCAUUUCGGACUUGCUCCGGGGUGAAAACACCGUGCUUUUGGCUACGGCGCUCUUGAUGGCAAAUUCAACAGCUUCGCCAGUGAAACUCCUUCCUUUUGCCACUUACGCCUCCAUGAACUUGGUGUCGUUUCUUCUCGAUCUGUUCCCCAAUACAGCCUUCACCAAAACGUCAAUGCCGUUCUUGCGCUACGUCGAAACGUCCUUGUUGAACUACAUGUGUUACUGGGAUUACGCCGUGAUGGCGGUGUAUGCGUUGGAAUGGUACCAGCAAGGAACGGGCUGCUGGUUGUGGUUCUAUAUGGUCACCUGGCUCGUCAAGUUGGAGAUUUCCGAACUCAGCAGGAAAUCCUUGCACGGCCUUGUGGAGAUGCUGGCUUCUGCAGCUAACGCUCUGAAACUCGAUUUUCUUGUCUCCACAGCCACGGAGACUCAGGCAGCCUUGUCGGUGUUGAUUCCCACAAAAGAGAACCUGCCGGGAUACAUCCCAUCCCUGGCUCUCUCGAGGGACCGAGCCGACUCUAUGAUGUUCGACACCUUCUCGAUCAUCAACGACGUCGAUAGGUAG